AUGGCCUUCUCAGAGCUUCUUCAACUUGCGGGAAAUUGUGGAAGAUACCAAAUCACGCUUGUCUUUUCGAGUUUGUCAUUAAUUAUACUUGUUGCCACUCACAACUUAGUGCAAAACUUUUCUGCGGCCAUUCCCGCUCACCGUUGCUACGUUCAUCUCCUUGACAACAUCACAUCCCAAAGCAAGCAUCCCGAGAACCUAACGGCCAAAGCCCUCCUGAGGAUGUCCAUCCCGAGGGACAACCACCAGCAGGAGCAAUGCCGUCGGUUCCGACAAACGCAGUGGCAACUUUUAAACUCCAGCGAUUUGGCCAUAAACACCACUGAGCUGGAGACAGAGCCAUGCCUGGACGGUUGGACCUAUGACCAAAGCUUAUUUACUUCCACUAUCGUAACCCAGUGGGAUUUAGUAUGUGAAUCACAGUCACUCAAAUUAUUGUCACAAUCCAUUUAUAUGGCAGGAUACAUGCUUGGAUCUUCUAUGGGUGGCUAUAUUACUGACAAAUUUGGCCGGAAACCUGCAUUACUGGUUUCUCCCUUGUUAGUUGCAAUACUGGGCACUGGUUCAAUUUAUGUCCCAACCUUCUCAAUCUAUUGUAUAAUUCGAUUUCUUAUGGCAAUGGCAUUGGGGAACAUCUACAACAAUACUCUUGUAAUCCUUAUAGAAUGGCUGCCAACUAAUGCCAUACCCAUGGUCAUAACAGCAAUGUCUCUGGUUCUAAGCACUGGACAGGUGUUACUGGCUGGACUGGCUUAUGUCUUCCGAGACUGGCGUAUGCUACAAUUGUCCAUUUCUGUGCCUUACUUUGCGUUCUUCCUAUUCCAAUGGUGGUCAUUAGAGUCUGCCCGCUGGUUGAUUGUAUCUGGCAAGCUGGAAAAAGCACUCGAAGUAUUGAAGAAAGUAGCCCAUAUAAAUGGGAAAAAAGAUGUUGAAGAGAAUCUGCAUAUUGAGAUUUUCUGCAAUUUUUUUCCAUUACGGAGUGAUGACCGAUUUACAAAACUUAGGGAGCAAUGUGUUCUUGUCUCAGGCUCUCCUUGGAGUCGUGGAUUUUCCAUCAAAAUGUCUCUCUCUGCUGGUGAUGAAGUUCCUGCCACGGCGACCUUCCACAUACCUGUUGUACGCCUUGGACUUGCUGCGUUGGGAAAAGGAUGUAUGGCAAUGUACUUCAACAUGAGUAUGACCUAUAAUCAUGAACUCAUACCCACAGGGAUCAGGUCCAAAGCAGAGGGUGUGAUUUUAUUCAUCACUGGUUUGGGCGCAUCUCUAGGAAGUCUAGUAUCGAUCACCAGACAGUAUUUUGAACCCUUGCCAAUGAUUCUGUGUGGCACGUUCCCCGUUGUGGCCUCCAUCUGUGUCUACUUCCUACCAGAGACUUUAAACCUUCCUCUCCCAGACACCAUACAGGAUAUAGAAAGAAGAUACAAAAACUGUAAGAACACAAGUACAAAAGAAGAAGAGAUCAGUGGCCUCCAAGACAGCACAGAGUGUUAA